AUGUUGCUGUCAGGCGACACUGAGAAAGUCUUUAGUUCAGGCACUAGACUUUAUGUGGCAGAAAGCAACCAGAUAAAAGAACCCAAAGUGUCAGCAUAUCUAACAACUAAACAAGACAAUGAAAAGAACAUACUGCUGUGUCAAGCCCGAAACAUGUUCCCUGACAUGGUGAAGAUUACAUGGGAAGCAGAAGAUCAGAACAAAAAUACAGUGAAGGUGCCCGGGACAGACGAUGAGCUGCUGGAACAGAGAGAUGAGGGUCAGGAGGUCAGCGUCACCAGCAUGCUCAUCAUAAACCAUCAGAAAGCAAAAUACAGUAAAUUCAACUGUAUUGUCCAACAUGACAGCAGUGUGAAUAAAGACCAAAGGUUUACCAUUGAAAGAGGUGAAGAGAAACCUGAUGUGACCCCUGUUCCUGGCCUGGUCCAAACCUGUCCACCUCCAAAAGUAAAACAGGAAGGAGAAGGAGAAGAUCAACAAGGAGGAGAUGAUCAAGUAGAAGGAGAAGGCCCAGACGAAAAGUUAAACUGGGGUUCACCUGGUCUUAGCCGAAGCCUGUAUCUGUUCAGACUGACAUAUGUAGUGCUGCUUGUAAAAAACGUACUAUAUUUCUGCUCUGUCUCUGUAUUACUGUAUAAGAGAAGGGCUUGGAACAAGGAGAUCCACAUGAGCAAAACCUAAACAUAACCAGAGAUUCAUAUGUCAAUACUGGGAAGAGUUACCACAAGAUUGUCACCACAGUUUACCCAGAAUUGUCCCUUUUCAAUGAUUUUCUUCUAAUGAUAUAUUUUCAGUACAAAUCUGAUCUUUGACCAACAAUUUUACUUUCAAUAAGAUGUUGCACAAAAGUGCUCAGGGAAUUUUGGAAAUUAAUAAUUUUAGAAAUUAUGUUUAAUGAAGUGAUUCCUUUCUAAUUAAGUGUAAUUUAAACCUGUCAUUUUGUAAACUGCCUUUUUUUUUUUUCCAAUUUAAGAUUAUUCUGUUAAUUUCUCUCUUACAGUGCUGUUGCCUAUUGCCAUGUUCUUUUAGCUUUUAAUUUGUAAAGAAUAAAAUAAA